GGUAGAAAUUGCUAUGUGUGGAUGGGUCCACAGCCAAUGGCGUUCAUCACGGAUUCUGAUUUAGUAAAGGAGGUCUUCAAUAAACAUCAUCUAUAUCAAAAGCAACUGAGCAACCCGCUAGCAAGGAAGUUGAUACAAGGACUAAUCAACGUUGAGGAAGAUAUAUGGGCAAAACACAGAAGAUUAAUCAACCCCGCCUUCUACUCUGAGAAGCUUAAGCUCAUGCAACCAUCUUUCUUGCUAAGCUGCGGUGAAAUGGUGAGAAAAUGGGAGGGGAUUGUCUCUAGAAAGGGAUCUUGCGAGCUGGAUGUGUGGCCUGACCUUCAAGGCCUGACGAGCGAUGUGAUCUCUCGAACUGCAUUUGGGAGCAGCUAUGAAGAAGGAAGGAUUAUUUUCGAACUCCAGAGAGAACGGAUCAUGCACUUGACAGAAGCUGCACGCCAAGUUUAUGUACCUCGAUGGAGAUUUCUGCCGACUAAGAGGAAUAGAAGAAUGAACGCCAUCCAAAAGGAAGUAAAGUCAUGGAUACAGGAUAUUAUAGGCAAGAGGCUGAAGGCAAUGAAGGAAGGAGAGAAUAACAAUGAAGCUUUAUUAGGCAUAUUACUGGAAUCCAACUUAGAAGAAAUCAGAAAGAAUGA